CCCCCGAUCGCCUCCCACCUCCCACCUCUCCAAGCCUUGGCUGUGAUCCUACUAAGGUAAUUGCAAACAUCUCUGGGCUCAAGCGAGAGCUUCAUGGAUUUCAUGUUCACACUCUUGGUGACACCACAAAUGGUUGCAUGUCUAUUGGCAGCGAGCCGCAUUUUAAUCCUAUUGAGAAGGAACAUGGGGCACCUGAAGAUGAGAAUCGCCAUGCUGAUGAUCUUGGAAAUGUGACUGCUGGAGAAGAUGAGACUGUUAUUUUUAGCAUUAUUGACAAGCAGAUUCCUCUCAGUGGAUCAAAUUUCAUUAUUGAAAGGGCUGUUGUUGUCCAUGCCGAUCUUGAUAAUCUCGAAAAGGAUAAACUUCACUCCUCAGAUAUUCAUAUUAACUUCAUAUUUCAUUAA